AUGAUCCAGACCCCUCCGGCCGCUGCGGGAUUGGUGAAGACCAAGCAUUUCUGCGGUAUGACCAUGGUGCAACAUGACCCACAAGGAGACGUGAUCUUCCUGCACCACAACGGCAAAAAGCUCAUGGGUGAGGAGGAGACGAGCAAAACUCGCGUGUGGACCCAUCUCCAGUCGUUCGUGUUUCCUGAAAAUCUAGCUUCAGCGAACGCGAAUGCUGCGGAACGUUGGUGGAGGCAUUUUCCGGAAUUUCCCUAUGUGCUACGGCGACAACAAGAGUCGAAGCACUACAAAACAACUCCAUGGGAAGAGCUGCCCUUUGGGGACCUCGAGGACCGACUGCACGGCUUCGCCCAGGAGGCAGCCGCACUGUAG